AUGUCAGAGACCGAAUCAAACUAUAGUGAUAGCCCAAGAGCAUUUGAGGGAGAAUCGGUAUCAGAAAGCUCGACUGCAGGGCUUGGUAGUGCCGAUUCUGAAGGAGCCGAGGGGGUAAGGGGUGCAGAGGUGUCUACCAAUUCGGGAAGCACUUCGAGUGUCGAGGUGGUUGAGGUUAAUAACUCUCAGCCAUCGACAUCUGGUCUUCGAGUCGGGGCGACCGAGGCUGAUGCGUCAAUUGCGGAUCCCAAGGAAGGCGUGCUGACUAUGGUUACUGGCUGA